AUGCUCUUCUCGCUGUCGGGCCAUCGCGUGGCGAGCGACUGCCGGUGGUCGAGGUUCCCGAGUUCCAAAGGCGGUCCCCGAUUCAACAGGACGUUGAUCGGUCCCCGGAAGCCGUUCUCUGCAUGCCCGAUGGCCGCCAUCGAAGAGCGUCAGGCUGUCGUGAUCGAUGGCAAGGCGUGCGCGAAGGAGAUACGGGAAGAGAUCGCCGCGAAGGUUGAGGCAAUGAAGUCCGAGAUGGGCAAGGUUCCAGGAUUGGCAGUUGUGCUAGUGGGUACGCGCAAAGACUCUGAGACAUAUGUCCGCAACAAAGAGAGGGCGUGUACAGAAGCAGGGAUAGAGUCUUUUUCUUCCAGGCUGCCUGAGGACAUUAGUCAGGAGGAGCUCUUGAAGGUGGUCGAAGACUACAAUUCCAACGACCAGGUUCAUGGCAUCCUCGUGCAACUGCCGUUGCCGAAGCACAUUAAUGCUGAGCUGAUUCUGGAUGCGAUCAGCUAUGAGAAGGACGUGGAUGGGUUCCAUCCAAUGAACAUCGCAAGACUUGCUCUCAAAGGACGCUCACCACUUGCUGUGGCGUGCACACCACAGGGCUGUUUGGAGCUCUUGGAUCGCCAUGGUGUCACGAUUGCGGGCAAGCGCGCAGUUGUCUUUGGCCGAAGCAACAUAGUGGGCAUGCCAGUGUCCCUGUUGCUCCAGCAGCGGGAUGCCACUGUCACAGUAGUGCACUCCAGGACACCCAACCCAAAAGAGAUUUGCCUGGAGGCCGACAUUGUCAUUGCUGCUUGUGGCCAAGCAGAGAUGAUCCAAGGGGAUUGGCUGAAGGAAGGGGCUGUGGUGCUGGACGUGGGGACGAAUGCUGUUGAUGAUCCAACAGCCAAGCGCGGGUACCGGCUGGUGGGAGACGUCAAAUUUUCAGAAGCGGUGCAGCGAGCAGGCAUGAUCACACCUGUGCCAGGUGGUGUUGGUCCAAUGACCAUCGCAAUGCUGCUGAAGAACACAUUGCAAAGUGCCCAGAGGAGCCUCAUGGGCGAUGCGAUAUAG